CGCCUUUUCUUUUUUAUAUUACUGCUGCAACUUGUUAUAUUUCUUCAAGAAUCAUUUCCCCUCAUCGUCAUCGAGUGCCUUACUGCCUCCAUGGAUCUAGAGGAAAAUCUGGAAUCACUCUCACUCCAAAACAGCGACCAAAGCCAAAGUAGAGAGCUAUGGAGAAUGAAGGUAGCUUCGAACGUCUUCUUCAUUUACGACGACGAAGAUGGAUUUGCAAACGCCAUCGCCCAAGGUCUCUGCCCUAUCCCCUACCCUUAUAGUAAAGUCUUUGAGUUAUUCCACCUCGGAUUACGGGAAUACGACCACAAAUAUCUAAAUUUGACUGGUUCUGUGGCUCAAUUGAGGGAUGAAGACAAUGCAAAGGCAACAAUGGUGAUGCUACAUCAUUUGGAGCCACCAAUACUGUCACAUGCCAUAAAUGCAAUUCUGGCUAAAAUAGCAGAUGCUGAGCACAUAUCAUCUACUGUACCCACUAUCGUAGCCCCUUUUCUUGUGCCAGCAUCAAAGCUUAAGUUGGAAGGUGGAAAUUUAACAACAAAUAGCAACAAGCUUCCUCUUUAUGGUAUUCAAGUAGGCCCAGAGACCGAUGUAAGUCGAGUCAUUGCUGCCAAAACCCAGAAGCCUCCUCUAUCUUUGCAAAUUCAUUAUGAGCCUUUAGCCUGCUUUCUUCAGAUAGUCCGUGCGGCAAACUUGCCAACUUUUAUUAUAGUUGGGCAAAGAAGCCAAAGCCCAUUUAAUCAAGCUUUAAUUGAGGACCUAGAGACCCUCUAUGAGAUAGGAGAGCUCAUGGCAAGCACCACUGGCACAUACUUCCGCAGAGAGCAAACAAAAACUAAUUGGAUUCCAACAGCAAAGUCCGGUAGUGGUGGUCGAGAGCCAUGGCGUGCAUUCUAUGGUUAAGCGUCAAGUUGUUGUAGGAAUCAGAAGCUGAGGUGUAACCCCUAUCGACGUGUGCAGGCAGUAUUAAAACUCCAAGGCAGAUAUAUAUGUAUGUAUGUAUGUAUGUAUGUAUGUAUAUGGAAGUGUAGUAGUGCUUAAAACGUUGAUCGUAUUGCCUAGGCUGUCUAACAUGUUUUAUUUAUUGUCGGAUAUAGUGGGAAGUGUAGUGCUUAAAACUCCAAAUGUUUUCAGAGUAUAGAAUUUCUCUUUUCAUGCAUCA